AUGGCGGCAUCCAGCUCUAGAGUCGGACAGCGACCACGAGGCCAAAAAGCACAACGGUUGAUUUCAAGCGCAUCUUUUUACAAUGUGUCACAUUUGUGGACAAAGGUUGUGAACAUCGCCGCUUCUCUUUCUGGCUUGUUCUCAGCAGCCAGAUUCCUGACCGAUGAUGAGAUCGCUGCCAUGUUGGAAGAGAGCGACGCGAACCUUUCAGAGUCUGAUGAUGAUGAUGAUCGUGCUUUGCCGUCAUCGGCAAGUGGUCAUGACACAUCCGAAGAUGAAGAUGAACCUGAACCGGACACCGCCAACCGGCCCAAAAAGCAGAAAAAAAGCUCCUGGAAGCCAGGAACAUUCACAAACCCUGACAUGACAGACAGUCACGGUCAAGCAGACGUCGGUUUUCGGGAGCUUCUGUCCCCACAUCAGUAUUUCGCCAAAUAUUUUCCAAUGGAUUUUUGGAGGGAACUCGCUGAACAAACAAAUUUGUAUUCUGUUCAGAAACGAAAUCACCGGUCAGUGAGAACAGACGUAGUUGAGGUGAGGAAGCUCGCUGGCAUACACCUACUGAUGGGAAUUAUGAACCUUCCUCAAGUCCAGCUGUACUGGUCACGAGCAACACGCACACCUUUUGUUGCUGACCACAUGACCCGAAACAGAUUCUAUGAGCUGCGCAAUAACCUGCACUUUGUGGACAUCUCCGCAGUUACAGCACAACAGAAAGAAGACAGGUUACGCCUUGUGCGGCCAAUCGUUAGCAGCUUUCAAAGUGCUUGCCGCUCAUUGCCGCGCACAAAAGAAUGCUCAAUCGAUGAGCAGAUCAUCCCAUUUUCGGGAAGGUGUGCAUUUAGGCAAUACCUUCCUUCUAAGCCAAAUCCACUUGGUCUGAAGAAUUUUGUCUUGGCUUCCCCCGACGGCCUUGUUUUAGACUUCCUGGUUUACACCGGCAAAAAUACAGUGACUCCUGAAGACAUGAAGUUGUAUGGCCUGGGUGGCGCAGUCGUGAAGCACCUUUCAACAACCGUAAGCGACCAGAAGGCGCACCUGUUCACUGACAGGUUUUUCACAGGACUGUCAAUUGUGGACUACCUAACUGAGAAGCAAAUGUUUUUGACUGGCACUGUGAACGCUAACCGCACACAAGGAGCAGUCGGAAAUUUGCCGAGUGACAGGUCAAUGAACCGUGGUGAAAGUGCUUGCCUCGUACGCGAGGACGGAAAAGUCUGUCUUGUGAAAUGGAAAGAUAACAAAGGAGUUCUUUUCUUGUCGAGCGCAGUUGGGUGUGACCCAAUUGGUAUGUGCAAGCGGUGGUCCAAGGAAGAAAAAAAAGAAAAUUACUGUUCCUCAGCCAGCUAUUGUCUCACUUUACAACAGGUGCAUGGGCGGUGUGGACUUGGCUGACAGGUAUGUGGCGUACUACAGAAUUAAGAUCAAAACAAGAAAAUGGACCAUUCGAUUCUUCACGCACUUCCUUGACCUUGCCGUGUCCAACGCCUGGAUUGAGUACCGGCGGGACGCCCAAGAACUGGACAUUCCGAAGAAAGAAAUCCUUCCCUUACUUCAAUUCAAGCAAGAUAUUGCAGAAACAUUGAUCAAGGCGAAUUCUACAGAAAACAGCAGGACUGAAAGAGCAAGCAACGAGCCCACAAUCAACAGAACAAGGCCUGUGCAACUCCCUAACAACGAUACCCGCAGCGACCACUUCGAUCACUUCCCAGAAUAUUGCCAGCUCGAAAAUGCAAUGCGGUGCAGGAAAAAAAACUGCAAAGGAAGAACAAGGGUGAGGUGCAUGAAAUGCAAUAUUUUUCUGUGCCUUCAGAAGCAAAACUGCUUCGCCGAGUUUCAUAACGCUAGGCACUGAUUCCGACAUUCGUGGUCGGCCCGUCCAUCGUGAACACAACUUAUGUCCACGUUUGUGUACAUACUUGUUUCAGCUAAAAUAAAUCAAAUUUCUUGACUAUUUUUUUUCUAUGCAUUGUUAAGAGGACGCUUAAUAAAAAUAGCAAAAAAAAUCGGUUGUUUUCAAUUGCUUCUUAGGUC